CAGGCCCAGCGGGCGACAACCAAGGAGGGGGGCACCGGCUGCCCCCCCAUCACCCUUCUCACGUGCAGCACCGGGCAUCACCUGGCUCCCGACGUGCUCCGGGCUGGGUCGCACACAAAGCUCCAUUCAUCCCAGACCGGGCGAUGCGAGGGGCUGAGGGCCAGCGUGUCACCUAACCCGGGUACGCGUUAUCUCUCUUGUGUAACGCGUUGCGCAAAGCGGGGCUAUAAAGGUGGGCACGGGCAGGGGCAGAGCCGUGUGGCAUCUCCUGACACAUCCAGCCUAGGACGAGGAUGGUGGUGAUGCUGAGCCUGGCGCUGGCGCUGCUCUGCCUGCUGCAGGCAGGGGCACAGGUGCCCGUGCAACCCGACUUCAAGACCGAGAAGUUUGCAGGGACGUGGCAUCUCGUAGUCGCCGCUUCCAACUGCCCCGUGUUUCUGAAGAUGAAGGAUGGGAUGAAGUCAUCCACCAUCACCACCAGCUUCACACCGGCGGGGGACCUGUCCAUGAAGCUUGUCUGGCCCAUGCUGGACAAAUGCGAAAGGUUCAAUCUGCUCUUCCAGCAAAGUGGGCAGCCAGGCCAGUACACGGCAGCACAAGAGAAGAGAGAUCUGCGCGUGGUGGAGACGGACUACAGCAGCUACGCCAUCGUGUACCAGGUCCAGCAGAGCCAGCAGGAGCCCAGCACCUCGCUGCAGCUCUUCAUGAGGGAACAGGAUGCAAGCCCUGAGCUCCUGGAGAAGUUCAAACAUCUCCUGCCCACCAUGGGCCUGACUGAGGACAUGCUGGCCAUCCUGCCCAAGACGGAUCAGUGCUCCAAGGACAGCAGCUGAAGAGGCCAACGCCAGGGCCUUGUGUCCUCCAGCCCUGGUGGAAACCGGGCUCUGCUCCCUCUUUCAUGAUGCCCCUUCCCAUCCUCCUCAUCCAGACCCACUGGCCCGUGCCAGGAUCACACCUCACCUGCCCAAAUAAAGAA